AUGGCUGAUCGUGAGAAUAACGGCUCGGCUUCAUCGGGUGGCAACGUCAACACCAACGGCAAGCGGCCGGCAAACGAAGGCAGCAGCACCAGCCAAGCCCAAGACGACCUCCCGCAACCGUACAACGCGCAGCAACUGCAGCCGGCCAAGCGGCGCGCGGUGUCGCCGUCUGAGCAGCCACGCAAGCAGAAGAGGCCAGGGACGCGGUCCCGCAUCACAGAGUCAGAGCGGGAAGCGAUCCGGCAGCGACAGAUUGAGCGGGAGCAGCAGUGGUGGAGGGCGCAGCGCGCGGCGGAGGAGCAGGCCAGCGCGCGGCACGGUAUCAACGUGGUGCGCGAGCACUACAACAGCGUUCCCGAGCGCGGAAGGGAGUGGCGCACGCGCGAGAGCCGCAUCAAGGGCCUGCGCGUCUUCAACAACUGGGUCAAGAGCUGCAUCAUACAACGAUACUCGCCCGACGAGGACCACGCGCCCGGGUCGCGCGAGCUGGGCCGCUCCAGCGGCCGGGACCUGCUCGUCCUCGAUAUCGGGUGCGGCAAGGGUGGCGACCUGAACAAGUGGCAGGCCGCCCCGCAGCCCAUAGAGCUCUACGUCGGGCUCGACCCGGCCGACGUGAGCAUCCAGCAGGCUAGGGACCGGUACAGGAACCUCAGCUCGCGCGGUGGACGUGGUGGACGUGGCGGCGGACGUGGCGGCGGCGGUAGCGGUAGGGGGAGGCUGUUUGACGGUCGCUUCUACGUCAAGGACUGCUACAGCGAGUCUAUCGAGGACCUGGACAUCAUACGGCAGGUCGGCUUCGACCCGUCCCCCAUGAACCACCGAGGCUUCGACGUCGUGUCCAUGAUGUUCUCCAUGCACUACGCCUUUGAGUCCGAGGAGAACGCCCGGACUAUGCUGCGCAACGUGGCCGGUGCGCUCAAGAAGGGCGGCAGGUUCAUCGGCUGCAUCCCCAACUCCGACGUCUUGGGUGAGCACGUUAGGAAGUUCAACGAGAAGAAGAAAAAUUCCAGGAAGGAGCGUGGCGCCUCGGCGGAAAAAUCAGCAGCAACAGCAGCAGCCGGAGAGUCUGGAGGAGACGGAGAAAAGGAAGACGGCCAGGGGGAGGAAGAAGAGGAAGGGGAGGAGAAGGAAGAGGGCGAAGCAGAAUCUGGUGCGGAAUGGGGCAACUCCAUCUACCGCGUUCGCUUCCCGGGAAAGACCCCCGAAGACGGGGUCUUCCGCCCCGCCUUUGGCUGGAAGUACAACUUCUUCCUCGACGAGGCCGUCGAGGAGGUCCCCGAGUACGUCGUCCCCUGGGAGGCCUUCCGCGCCCUGGCAGAUGACUUCAACCUCGAGUUGCAGUUUCACCGCACCUUUCCCGAGAUAUGGGAGGCCGAGAGGGACGAUCGCGAGCUCGGUCCCCUGAGCGAGAGGAUGGGUGUGCGUGGCAGGGAUGGGAAACUUCUUGUUUCCGACGAGGAGAUGGAAGCUGCUAGCUUUUACAUUGGCUUCUGCUUCUACAAAGUUUAA